AUGACGACACCACCGUCUUCCUCCUCAGCUUCGCAAUCGCAAUUUGCGUAUUCAAACCCUUCCUAUUUCCCCGUCCCCUUUCACCUGCAGCAACCCGCAACCACACACUACGCUGCACCAUACGUCGCCGCUCCCUCUGUGCAAAUCCCCGCUCCUCCCGUCGUCGGUCCGGUUGCGCCGGCACCGGUUCCUGGUGUGUACUCCGCCGUGCCGCAAUAUCAGGCGCAGCAGUUAUUUGAGAGGGAUGCGCAGAUAAUAACGCCGGAGGCUCUUGAGAAUGUUAAAGCGGCGAUUGCGAGCAGCGACGUGGAGCACAAAACCGAUGCCAAAAGGAAAGCGGUUCCUCGCAAAGCUGCUGGCCAAUCAUGGGAGGAUCCUAUCCUUGCAGAGUGGCCAGAAGAUGACUAUCGGCUCUUCUGUGGUGAUCUUGGUAACGAAGUGAAUGAUGAUGUUCUUUCAAAAGCUUUUUCCCGAUUUCCUUCCUUUAACAUGGCGCGAGUUGUCAGAGAUAAGCGGACUGGUAAAACAAAAGGUUAUGGAUUUGUUAGCUUUGCCAAUCCUUCUGACCUUGCUGCUGCUCUUAAAGAAAUGAAUGGUAAAUAUGUUGGAAAUCGGCCAAUAAAACUACGCAAGAGUAAUUGGAAGGAGAGGACUGAUUAUGAAGCACUGGAGAAACAGAAGAAUCACAUUCAAAAGAAGCCAAAAAUGUCUAGGAAAGGGGUGCUGCACAAGUGA